CGCAGCGGGUCGAGUGAGCCGCUGCAGGCGGUUCAGCUGCGCGUGAGUGUCGGCCAGCACGACCUGCGCGAGGGCGGCGAGGCCGCGACGCUGGCCGUGCAGCGCCUCGUCAUGCACCCGGGCUACGAGUGCGCGCACUUCGUCCACGACGUCGCGCUCCUGGAGCUCGGCGAGGACGUCCAGUGGUCCGACAACGCCUGGCCCGCCUGCCUGCCGUCCGCGACGGGCACCAAGGACUACACCACCUUCUCGGACCGGGAGGCGACGGCGGCCGGCUGGGGCUGGACCAACGAGAACUCCAACAAAGGGGGGCGCGCCGACGUGCUGCAGAAGGUGCAGCUGCGGGUGCUGGACAACGCGCAGUGCCGGGACUGGUACCGCUCGCAGGGCAAGAAGACCAAGAUCCACGACACGCAGAUCUGCGCCGGCUUCGAGUCGGGCGGACGCGACGCCUGCUGGGCCGACAGCGGUGGCCCGCUCAUGGUGGCCGACAACGCCGACGGCGGCCGCGUCACCGUCAUGGGCGUCGUCUCGACGGGCAUCGGCUGCGCCAGGCCCAAGCUACCCGGGCUCUACACGCGAGUCAGCGAGUACCUGCCGUGGAUCCGGGACCAGACCAAGAGCCCCUAACGCCACCCCCCUGCUGCGUUGAAACUCCAGGCUGUGAUUUAUGGAAAAAAGAUGAUUUCAAUUUCGUCCAAAUCUAGUCUAAUCAAUCUAGAUGCAUCUAGUCUUGAUGUGGUAAUACCCACCAGCAUCGUUUAUCAAAGAAACUAAGUCAUUUUGUAGUUGUUUAUGUUUUACUUUUGAGUACCUGAGACUGAGUUGUUUAUAUGCGUUCAAUAGUUUUUAGGUUUUGCUGUUUUCUAGUCUUAUUGUCGUAAGUUGUUGGUAGGAUGCAGUUGGAUGUUUUGACUGAAAUGGGCCACGGAUAAUUAUUAAAACUGUUGAUUUGACUCGCA